CAGGACAUGCAAAGUUCGCUUCGGUGCAUUCAUUCGUUACACACGAGGACUUUCAAGACUUAAAGGUUAUAAAUCAUGUUUUUAAAACGGAUUUGAACAUGAUUUUUCUUCUUCUUAUGUUUAAACAAUAAACAAAGUUCGGACUUCACGGGAGGACCGCAGAAAUCUGCAACAUGCCACUGUCGGACUUCUUGGACAGCCUGAAGGACAACCCUUACUUCGGCGCCGGUUUUGGACUGGUUGGUGUCGGGACCGCGCUGGCCGUGGCCAGAAAGGGAGCCCAGGUGGGGAUGAUCUUCUUCCGCAGGAAUUACAUGAUCACCCUGGAGGUUCCCAGCAGGGACAAGAGCUACAACUGGCUGCUGAGCUGGAUCACAAAGCACGCCAGGCACACUCAGCACCUCAGCGUGGAGACCUCCUACCAGGCUCACGAGAGUGGGCGGAUUCACACGCAGUUCGACUUCCACCCGAGCCCUGGGAACCACAUCAUCUGGUAUGGGAGGAAGUGGAUCAGAGUGGAGCGGACCAGAGAGAAGCAGAUGGUUGAUCUUCACACUGGAACUCCAUGGGAGUCCGUCACCUUCACCGCUUUGGGCAGAGACAGACAAAUCUUCUUUAAUAUCUUACAAGAAGCAAGGGAGCUUGCCCUGAAGCAGGAGGAAGGAAGAACGGUGAUGUACACAGCCAUGGGCGCUGAAUGGAGGCCGUUUGGGUUUCCACGGCGACGCAGACCUCUGUGCUCUGUGGUCCUGGAGGCCGGCAUAGCUGAGAGGAUCGUGGAUGACGUGAAGGACUUCAUUGGAAACCCCAAGUGGUACACAGACCGAGGGAUUCCUUAUAGACGGGGGUAUCUCCUGUACGGCCCCCCUGGAUGUGGAAAGAGCAGCUUUAUCACGGCGCUGGCGGGGGACUUGGGCUACAGCAUCUGCCUGCUGAGUCUGAGCGACCGCACGCUUUCAGACGACCGCCUGAACCACCUGCUGAGCGUCGCGCCGCAGCAAAGCAUCGUCCUGCUUGAGGACGUGGACGCUGCCUUCGUGAGCCGAGAGCUGCUUCCCACUGAGAACCCGCUGGCCUAUCAGGGGAUGGGGAGACUGACCUUCAGCGGACUUCUCAACUCGCUCGACGGAGUGGCUUCAUCUGAGGCCAGAAUCGUGUUUAUGACCACCAAUUUCAUAGAAAGGCUGGACCCAGCGCUGAUCCGACCCGGCCGCGUCGACCUGAAGCAGUACGUCGGGUUCUGCACCCGCUGGCAGCUCAGCCAGAUGUUCCGGCGGUUCUACCCGAACGAGCCGGCCUCAGAAGGACAGCGCUUCGCCGAGCGAGCGCUAGCCGCCCACGCCGAGCUCAGCGCUGCUCAGGUGCAGGGACACUUCCUGCUGCACAAAACGGACCCCGUGGGAGCUGUGGACAAUGUGGCUCACAUGAAGGGAUGACUGAACCCAUGCAGAGACUCAUUACUGAAUAAAGAAAGAAAUACAGUAUUUAUAUUAAAAAAAACAACAACUUCA